GGGAAUCAGGAAACUGGGUCAUGUUGUGGCUCUCAGUGCUGUAGACGAAAACAAGUGACGAGAAGUACGAAAUUCAGAGCUUCUUCUGCAGGAAAAGGAAGAUGCCAGACAGAAGGCACGAUCAGAGGAGUGAUGCUGAGCACAGGAGCAGGGAUUACCACCACAAGGGGCCACAGUCCCUGUAUACAAACUCAAGAGAUGUUGAGGGACGAGGGACUUCUGGGUACAGGAUGGUCAAAGAAGACAGAAACCGAAGAUUGACAAGUCCCUCUUACAAGGAGGAACCUGCGUACAGAGACCACCACCAUGAAGGACACUCAAGACUGCCCAGAGAGACCUCGGUGUAUCACGCCGAUGCAGAAUAUUACGUGCAGGAGCCCAGAAAAGCCUUGUACAAUUUCCGAUACGCGCUAACAACAAGAGGUAUCUGCCAGCUCAUGCAGCUCUUUGUGAAUCUGCUCAUUGUAAUCUGCGCCGGAGUCCCGUACAGCAACAAUGGGGGGUACCGUGACCUGGCCAGCCUCGGUGGAGUUUACUAUUAUCACUUCGGAGGAGCCGGUGCCUUCACAGGAGCCGACGCAGACCGCGUGAAAGAGCUGGACAAGCUGUUCCAUCAGCUCAAACGGCCCCCGUACGCCUUCACCAUGGUCUUUGCUGGGGGGUUAAUGAUCUACGUCUGUGCCACGUUCGCCCUGGGAGUGUUCAGAGUCCCUUAUCGCUGGCCCCAGGUGCUGCCGGUGGAGGCUCUGCUGAGCUUCCUGAUUGGCUUGGGUUACAUCCCUGCGCUUGCGUUCUACUUCAUUAAAGUCCAGGAAACUUACAGCGAUCCCGUCUGCAAGGAAAGAGAGCAGAUGUACAAGAGCAAAGGGCACACGGGCUUCGAGUGCCAGUUGAACGGUGCAGAUGUUGCGGGCGGACUCUUCGGGGUGUUGGCGGUGUUUGUGUUCAUCUUCGGUGCCGUGCUGGCAGUCCGAGCCUUCAGGUCCAUGCGAGAGCUCAAGAAGCAAAACACAAACGAGGACAAUGAUGUUCCGACUGACUGUCCUCUUCCACGUUUGAGAGAAACUUAAACUGUUCUGAGAUCGCUGACUAAAACGAGAAAUUCCUGUUUCUUGAUCGUCACUUUUAUAUUUUUU